CUGUACUCGCUAGUCCCACGUCGACCGUCUUGUUCGCCGGUUCGUCUCACCUUCGCGGAUCUGCAGGCUCACCGAUCCACGGCUUGAUUGGUUCACGUGCUCGUCGCUCAUUGUCAGGGAGCCGCGUGAUGGUGAAAAAGUUCCGAUGGCAGGAGAUAAGACGGAAAUUGUGGAGUCCUGCGGAGCCGCCGGCACCGCGUGUGUUUUCGGAGCCACAGUGGCAGGGACAUGUGAGUCUCUGGUACUUCCUGUACCGUUGGUUCGUCUUUGGUUGUUGGAUUGGGAUAAUCGUCUGCUCGCUCUUCGACAUAGGAAGCCGACAUCCGGAAGCCAGGAAGGAAACCUGGCCAAUUUACCUGACGCACUGGGAUCUGGUGCUGGGCGUAAGUCAGGCAUUCCUUGGCGCCAUCCUAGUCUCGAGAAGACGGAACCAGGAGCGCCGAUCGAGCUUUGACGUGGACGCUUUAACGCUGGGAAAAAUUGAGCGAAUGUACUGGGUCCUCUACACCGUUACAUCCUCACUUGCCAUCUGCGUGACGAUUACCUACUGGGGGGCAAUAUACGACCCAAGAAUCCACGCCAAGGAUCCUCUCAACUUCAUGCUCCACCUGUUCAACACCAUUCUGAUGCUAGUCGACCUCUUGGUCGUUGGGGUGCCGCUGAGGUUCGAGCAUGUCUGGUGGGCCCUGGCCUGCGUCGUCCUCUACGUUAUCUUCACAAUAUUCUACUACCUUGCAGGUGGCCUCGACAAGCACGGUUACCAUUACAUUUACAAGAUACUUGACUGGGAGCAGCCUGGUCGGACAACCCUUGUCUGUUUGGGCGGUUUCGCCUUCCUCGUUAUAGUUCACUGUAUUCUCUGUUCCUUGGCAAGGCUCAGAGUAUACGUUAGGGCCAAAGCCGUUGGGACCAUGGCGACUGCGACGAUAUCACAGACUGCAGCGAAGAUGGAGUUCGCGUUACCCGCGACGAAGUCUAUCGAACUUGUGGUUUGAUCGACGAAUCGUUCGUUCGACGCGACAAAUAAUUAGCUCAACUUUUUCAGUAUUAUACAUUAUAAGCAUGUUAUUGAACGUACGUGCGCCUAAGUGCUCAAUUCUCUUGGAUUCGCAUGUAGCGUUACGUGAUACAUAUAAUGUACUCUGCUCUUCGUGUUAUGCCUGUUGGAAUCUCGGCAAUUAAGAGAUCGCCAACGCUUAAUUUACGGCCUUAACUUUGUGCCACGUCCGAUGCAAAGAUGACACCAAUUAAGCCUAUAAGGACGUCGUUCCGUAUACUUAUUUUGUGGUGUAUAUUAAGUAGUACGAGUUUGUGUUAAAAAUGCCAGUUUCGGAAAUGGUUGCUACAUACUAGAUUAUAGUGUUACGUAAAGUGUUAUUACACGAAUAUAAAUUCGUGUAAUAAGUUGGAUGCGCAGCACUUUAGUAUAGGUAUAGAUAUCUGUGGAUUUACCCUCAUCAAACGAUACAUACACAGACUUAUAAAUGGACACCGUCUGGCUAUAAACUAGCUGGUAAUUGUCCAACUCGACUACUGAGAGUGUAACUAUAGUUUGUCACAGCUUUACGAUUUUGAGAUUUUUCUAUUUGCGAUACAUGCGCUAAAUAUAUAUAUAUA